GAAAAGACCUACUUGCCAUAUAAACCCAGACGGGCCCACCACUUUUUUCCCUCUUUCAUCCAUCAUGUCUCAGACAUCAUCCACAGACAACUACAAAGAGGCCAACUUGACUGUUGGGUAUUAUAGCCUCAGAAAUAAACACAAUACAUUUGGUCUGAGUGGCAGAAAGCUCAGAUGGACUAUCACUCUCACCUCUGUGGUGGGUUUCAGCUUGUUUGGCUAUGACCAGGGCCUUAUGAGUGGUAUCAUCACCGCCCCACAAUUCCAGGAGGAGUUCCCUGCCGUCAGUGGUACCUCCAGACACGCUACUGUCAUCCAAGGUAUUGUGACUGCUUGUUACGAGAUUGGAUGUUUCUUUGGUGCUCUGUUUGCUAUGAUUUGGGGUGAGCGUCUGGGAAGACGUUACGUGAUCAUGCUCGGCGCCCUUAUCAUUAACAUUGGUACCAUCGUGUCUAUUUUCCCAUUCAAGCCUCACUGGCAAUUGGGCCACUUCAUCAUUGCUAGAUCUGUCACUGGUAUCGGUAACGGUAUGAACACGGCCACCAUUCCUGUGUGGCAAUCCGAGCACUCUAAACCAGAGAAUAGAGGUCGUCUGGUCAAUCUUGAAGGUUCUGUCAUCGCUGUCGGUACUCUGAUUGCCUAUUGGGUCGACUUUGGUUUGUCUUACGCAAACAGUUCUGUUUCGUGGAGACUGCCAAUUGCUUUGCAAAUCGUGUUUGCUCUGUGGCUGCUUUUGUUUGUGACCGGUUUGCCAGAGUCUCCAAGAUGGCUCAUCCACAAGGGAAGAAUGGAGGAGGCCAGAUUCAUUCUGGGAGCCAUUAACGGCGUUGAUGCCAAUGACGACAGUGUCAUUGCCGAGUCGACCAUGAUUGCAGACGCUGUUAACAGAUUCGAUAACGCCCAACUCGGAUUCAAAGAGCUUUUCAGUGGGGGAAAGCAUCAAUACUUCAGAAGAAUGAUGUUGGGAGCCAGUUCCCAAUUCUUCCAGCAAUUCACUGGCUGUAACGCAUCUAUUUAUUACGCCACUGUCCUGUUUGAGAACACCCUGGAUUUUGCCAGAAGAAAGGCCCUCAUCAUGGGUGGUAUCUUCUCCAUUGUCUACGCUGUCUUUACCAUUCCAUCCUUCUUUUUGAUUGACAGACUCGGAAGAAGACCAUUGUUCUUGAUUGGUGCUGCUGGUCAGGGUGUUGCCUUCAUCAUUGCAUUUGGUUGUUUGGUCAAGGAGAACGAGCAGACUGCCAAGGGAGCCGCUGUUGGUCUCUUCUUGUUCAUUGCCUUCUUCGCCUUCACCAUUCUGCCACUACCAUGGGUGUACCCACCAGAAAUCAAUGCAUUGAGAGCUAGAACCGUGGCCACCUCCAUCUCCACGUGUACCAAUUGGAUUUGCAACUUUGCCGUGGUGAUGUUCACUCCAAUUUUCAUCAACCAAUCCAAAUGGGGAUGCUACUUGUUCUUUGCCAUCAUCAACUUCAUUUACGUUCCUAUCAUAUACUUCUUCUACCCAGAGACAGCUGGCAGAUCUCUGGAAGAAAUUGACAUCAUCUUUGCCAGAUCCUACACGGAGGGUACUCCGGCUUUCAUCGUGGCCAACAGACUGGGCAAGCUUUCUGUCAGAGAGGUCGAGGAAGAAGGUAACAAGCUCGGCCUGUUCGACAUGGAUGAUUCAAAGCCUACGGCUGAGAUGAACGAGGGCAUCUUGGAGAAGCCUCAAGAACCAACAGCUUAAAUUAAUUCUUUUUGCUUUAUUGAAUAGAGUGUUUACUACAUAUAGUACCAAUUAUUGUAUCAGAAUAUUCUUGUGUUCCGCCAUUCUUGGUCCCAUCUCCGUGUGCUUUCCCGCAAAGCCCCCGCUUUGAGGUCUAUCCUGUAAAGCAGCUGGUAAAUUUUGUCGCAAAGUUCCGAGGCAUCUGAAUUGUUUUCCAUCACGAGACCGUUUUCGUUGGUCACCAAUUCAUGCAGCGCGGGAAAAUUCAUCGACACUACAGGUAUUCCGCAGCCAAAGAGAUCGACAAUUUUCAUUGGAAGAUCCAGUCCCGAGGACGAGUAAUGUAGCGAAACCCCCGCGUCGGCCACUUGGAGUAGUUUUGGAUAGUCCGAGACCGACAGCCACGCAUUUCGGAUGAUCAUAUUUUCACUCCAUUUAUUUCGAGCCACUAAAUCCAAGAACUUCUUUUGUAGUGGUCCUUUUCCUGUAACCACCACGUACACUCUGGUGUCAAGCCUUGAGUCGAGUUUCUUGAGAGCCUCCACUAGCACGCCGAAAUCCUCGUCCUCGGUGAACGAUGUUGCUGACACAAUCAAUUUAUCAGCAUCUUGGAAUCCGUCCAGCACAGCCAGCUCUUUGACAACCUCCAUCCUGUCUCGUUCCAACGGCACAAACUCGUCGCUUGGACGGUCGUGCACAACGCUGAUUCUCGCACCAUCGAUUCCAAACUCUUUUUGCAAAUAUUCUCUCAGCUUUUCAGUUACUGUGAAAUGGUAAUCAGCGAAUUUCCCCACAUAUUUCUCAUAGUUUCGGAGUAGUUGCACAGCAGGGUGAUUUUCGUUGUGGUAUUUGAGAUUGAGGAUCGAAAAGUUCAAGUUGUGCCAGUCGACGACUAUCUUGACGUGCGGACAGAUUGUUUUUCUCAGAAUGACGACGACGGCCAGCACAGGGAUGGAAGGAGGAUUUUGCACAAGCACGUAUUCUGUAUUGUCGUCGAUGACCCUCGCAAGCAGUCUUGUGAGCUCAAAACACUGGGUUGCAACUUUAUAGACCGCAAACACCAGAUACGGCAUCCACGCGCGACGCCGAAUCACGGGGAUCUCGUAAAGGUCGACAGUGUCGUCGUCAUAAAGGAAGUCUGGCAGUGUGCUCUCCAGGUAGCCGCACGCGUGGACAAACCGUCCAUUUCUCACCAAACUGCGCACGUGAUAUGCCAUGCGGGGCGAAUGGCCAAGGUCGCCCAGGACGAUCACGGCAACGUCGUUCCCCAAGGGCCCAGCCAAGCGUCUCUGGCGGACCCGCCAGAGAUACGUCGCGUGCGCCAUGCAAAAAUAGAACAAAAUGGGUACACAUAGCCACAGCACAAUGAGUGUCCACACGGGCCACCCAAAGUCAAACUGUCCCGGCUGGAACCCCUUGUAAACUAUCCAGCUC